UUCGAGGCUGGCUGACCACUGACUGCUGGUCAUCUAAUGAUGGCAAGGCAACUUCAAAGCAGAAACAGUUGCUCGCAUUGGUCUCCAACAAGGAUGUAUAAUUCCGUUCUCUAAGCAUAAUUUAACCGAUCUGUGUAUCAGCAGUUCGCUUCUAAAUGUUGCUGUCCCUUCAUGAUGUGUGCAAAUUUUUGGUAUUUCCUUACAUCAUCAUGAGGCGCCCAAUGGAGAUGUUAUGUGAUUCUCUAUACGCGAUGGAAAUAGAACUUUGGCAGCCAUGUCCGGCGAUGGUCCUACACAUGAUACAAUGGUUGCUAAAGAUGUAAAAACGGAUGAGCAUGAGAAUAACGACGAUGUGAAAGAUAUUCACUGUGGAGUGGUUCGCCGAAGACAAAGAUUACUUUCACUUUCUGUGCCUCCAAUGCCAUGGUUUGGUAUUGAUAUAGGAGGCACGUUGGUCAAACUUGUUUACUUCGAGCCGGAAGAUCAUAAUGAUUUUAUUGAAAAUGAAGAAGAAGUCUUACGGCGUAGGAAAAUUCAACGGUAUCUUGUAGCAAGCAAAGCCUAUGGCGGUACUGGUGUGAGGGAUGAUCAUCUACGUCUCUGUAAUGUCGGAAUCAAUGGCAGAGUUGGCACAAUACAUUUUAUUCGAUUUCCAACGGACAGAAUGCUUGAUUUUGUAUAUUUGGUUAAGAGUAAGGGGUUCGCCGAAAUGAGCAGUACGGUAUGUGCUACUGGGGGCGGCUCUUUAAAAUAUGCUAAAGAAGCAACGGAUUUGGGUUUGCAAUUGCACAAAACAGAUGAACUGGAAUCUCUGAUCAAGGGUAUUGAAUUUAUUGCUGCAACAAAUCCCGACGAAUGCUAUUAUUAUGAGAAUCCUUUGGAUGACUCCUUAUGUAAAAAAGUAAUUUGGCGGUGGUCACACGGUCGCUGUUCAACAUCGGAUUUCGUUCCGGAAAGCGAAAAGAAGGAUGGCUUGCAGUAUCCAUACAUCGUUUGCAACAUUGGUAGUGGUGUAUCUGUCUUAGCUGUACGUGGGCAUAAUCAGUUCGAGCGGAUUGGAGGCAGCAGCAUUGGUGGUGGUUUCUUUCAAGGUCUGUGUGCAAUUAUGUGCGGAUGUGAAACGUUUGAAGAGGCGAUUGAGUUAGCGUCACGAGGAGACAAUAAGAACGUUGAUAAGCUUGUGAAGGAUAUUUAUGGCUCAGGUUAUGAUCAAAUGGGACUUCCAGGCGAUGUUAUUGCUGCCAGCUUUGGGAAAAUAUAUAACAAGGAGGAUCGUGAUAAGGCACGAAUUGAAGAUCUUGCACGUUCGGCACUCGUAACUACAACAAACAAUAUUGGUUCAAUUGCAUUUAAUGGAGCGAAAACUUGCGGAAUUGAUCGGAUUGUUUUUGUUGGAAAUUUUCUGAGAGUAAAUCCCAUCGCUGCAAGACUGCUGAGUAAUGCUAUGAAUUUUUGGUCACAGGGGACGAAAAAAGCACUAUUUUUGAUACAUGAAGGUUAUUUUGGCGCGGUUGGAUGCUUGGAUAAAUUGGUCGAUGUUACGGAGACAAGAAGGCGAAUACGUGCUGAAAAUCAACAGCAAGAAAACAACAGUAAUAUUAAGAAUUUGGGAUGAUGGAGUUAUGAAAGAAAUAAAAAAUAGGUCACUGCUUUCUUUGGAACCUGAGCAAUAUCAUCCCGUUAUUUGUUUUCUUUUUUUCGCCGUUUCUUGGUCAUUGAAAAAUUCGCAUCGACAUGGUUCAGAUUGUUGGGAAAUAUAAUACCUGCAAAAUUUGUUCGGUUUUGCAUUCGAUCGUUUGGUAUUAGGUCCUAGUUAAUUUUCUCUGCUGUCAUUCGUUCAUAUGGUAAUGGUUGUGUAUUAAUCUAAUAGAAAAAUCAUGGAUUAUAAGUCCUGUAGAUUUGUUUUUUUUUUUCUUUUGAAGUGCAGUACAUCCGCAGCUCUGUUUCCUAAUUCAGAUUUCACUCUUCUUUUUAAAAGUAAUAGUAUUUCCAUCCGACUAACUCCAUUGCACGGACCUUUCCAAUUCUCUUGUUGAAUAUGUUGCUAAGCUAAGCUUUUCAAGUGCUGAUGUAGACUACAACUGUUUUUUCUGCUAAAUAUGUUACUUACUGCUUAUCCAAACUUCUUGCUGUUCGAAAUCAGAGCUGAAAAUAGUUCUAGUGCCUUCACGUUUUAUGUUAAUCAUUUGCCAGGAAGCUUGCUCAUCUUUUCUCUCAUUCACUUUAUUGUGAGGAACAAUUAUUUUCCAAGAGGUUCUAUAUUUGUUUUGAUAUUGAACUGUUGCUUCUUUUGAUGCUAUUUAUUUUUUCCCACAUUUUUGAAAGGAUUUCGUUCGUGGACUUGUACGCCACACGUAUUUUUUUGUGCGCAUUUAAGGACUUUUUUCAAUUUGAAGUUAUUCACUAAUUGAAGUUUUUAAUGCAGUAAUUUACUGUGCAGGGCUGAAGAUUCGAUUCUUAUUUUGUUAUCAUUCAUUGUAAUUAAAUUAGCAUUUGUCUUCAUUGACCUUUCUUUGGUAGUAUAUAUGCACUCAUAAUAACUACUUGAUUUAACCAUUUAUUUGAAUACGGAGAAAUCAGAUUUACGAUGGUUCUUUGAGCCACUGCUCUUAGUUUUUUGUUGUCGAAAUUUCAGAGGUAUUAUUAACAGUUGAUCUGUAGGGGAAUUAUAAUUCAGUAGCCUCGUCGUUGCCUUCCAGAAUUGUUUGUUUUAUUUGUGAAGUAUUAGAGCAUGAGCACCACGUAGAGUCUAUUUGACGAUUCGAUUUUUUUCCUGUUUUUGCCUUACCUGUUGAAUUAGUAAUUCACUUAAUUGUACCAGUGUAACUUUCUUUCUCUUCUCACUUCUAAGCAAUUUUGCAUCUACCAUUCUACAAACAUUCGCAAUUUCAAUAUUUUAAUGAUGCCUAUGUAAGUUUGGAUUUCAAAUGCGUCUUCUUAAUUGUAAGUUGUACAACAUUUAUUUUCCAUGUAAUUAUCUCCAAGAAUGCGAUAUUUUUCGAGCCAUUUGUUCGCUUUUGUGCUUCGCAGGUAUUUUAAUAUUCUGAUAUCCGUUUGCACCUGACGUUUACGCUUCUUCAUUCAUUAUACAUCCUUUUUCAAUAUCCAUAUUGUUCUAUCAUUUUUCCAAAACUGUGGAAUUCAGUUCACUGGUCAGGCGCAUAUAUGUGUUUGGACAAGUUUCUGUUUCUCAUUUUUAAUAGUAAUUUCACUUAUUUCACUAUUCCAUUCAGUAAUAAAAAAGAUGAA